ACGCAGCAGUAAACGCUGGGGUAAAGGUGCUCUACAGUCGCUUUACUGCUGCCUUCAAAGUGCCACUCGACUUUCUGUUUGGGCUGUUUCCCGUAAGUGUUGGACUCUAGCUUUAAUUUAAAAUGUCCAUCAGUCGGAAAAAUUGGUCGGCAUUGUCCAGUUUGGCUCAGCGUUGGACCAUGGAGGAUGAGGAGGAGGUGGAGAGGGAGAGGAGAAGAAGGGUGAGGGGGUCGAGCUCCACGGCUGACCCUGAUACCGUCAUGGGUCCAGAACAUCGAGAGCAUGAAGAGAAAGGGGUCAGCUCUGGGGCACCCACGGGUGACCAAGGUCUCAGCAGUGUGGAGCAGAUACAGCUGGACUUUGUGGAGAUGCUCCGGUCCCGAGAUGAGAGGCGGAGAAUGCGACAUGUGGAGACGUUGAGGAGGCAGAAGGAGGCAGUGGAUGAUGAUGAUGAUGAUGAUAAUGAAGAGCCCAGAGUGGAGAUACUGGGAGACUUAGAAGAGACCAGUACUGCUACAGUUUCUCACUCUGGAGUCCGCUCAUCUAAACCUGCCCCGCUGACCAUAAAAGCAAGCCCCCGAAUAAGCACCAGCAGUGAGACCAGUCCCAGCACCAAAGACACACAGUUUGAAAACGGAGAGUCAUCAUCCACAGACCUUGAUCCACCAGCAGCCAAAAACCCGGCCCGCAAGUUUGUCAGUUCUGUGUCCAUUUCACUUGACAAGAGUCCCUCCACAAGUGGUCGCACAACUCCCAUGAGCCCGCGCUCUCCAACAACUCCUCUCUCACCCCGAGAAAACUGGUCUGCAUCAAGAACAACUCCAAGCCCUGUUCAGAACGGACACACACACCAGAACGAUAUAAAUGGCUCAUCUAAGUUUGAAACGACAUCUAAACCUGCAUUUGUCAGGCAGAGUUCCAGGACCAUCUCUUUCAGGUUGAUGAAGAAGAAGGAGGAGGAGACUUCCCCACUGCAGAGGAGCGCAAGUGUGAGGAUUGCUUCUAAGAAGUUUGAACAGAAUCCAGAGCAGAGCACAGAGGCAGGCACACCAUCAGCAUUCCAAAGAAACUCCAGGCAAAGGAUUUCCUCCAGGUCCAUUCAGGAGAAGAUGGAGCGACUGGCCCAGGCGGCACAGAGGUCUGAGAUGGUACGCUCACCAGACAUAUCCCAGAAGACUCUGUCUAUGAUGGAGGAAGUGUCCAGAAAGAGAGGCCUGUUUGAGCAGCAGCAGGAUCAGAGCCAGGCCAGUCCCGGAGUAGGCAGACAGGAGUUUAGAAAUAUCAAAACGGGGUUGUCUGAGCGGAUCAAUAAGUGGAUGAAUAAGAGGAACCAAACUGGAUCUUCACAAACCUCUUCGGAUUUGAGGCAUGUGGACAUCACCAGUAAGAAAAGUCUUUUUGAGAAGAAAGCAGAAGAGUCUAAUCCCAGGCCUGGGAAAAUUUGAUCCAAUAGGAUAUUAAAAUAUAAACUACAAUAAACAAAUAUAAUGUUAUUUGAUGGGCAUACACCAUGGAACAGCACAAGAAGAUGGACUGAUUGUCGCUUUAAACUGUUAAACUAUUUCUUAGCGUGCACUCUGAAGGAAAGGGCCGCAUGUGGAUGAGAAAGCUUUUGUUAUAAAUUUACUUUGCUACUGAAAAUUAUUGAACACUGAGGUUUAUUUUUGUUCAAAUAUAUGAUGCUAUGUGACUAUGCUAUGCAAUUUAAGCACUUUAAACCGGUGAUGGUUAUGAUGUGAUUUAACAAUAAAAUGCUAGGAUGUAGUCUUUUUUGAAAUCUUGUCUAUGAACAGGUCCUUGUGUGUGUAAAAAAAAACAAAACAAAAAACUGCCCGUUGAAGGAAUAAAUGUUUUAUAACACCUC